AUGAUGUCUUCAUAUAAGCAAAAAGUGGUUUCUGUACCUUCGCCAUGUGCUUCCAUGAUCGCGUUUUGCAACUUGGUGACUCUAACAAUCCAUAUAAGACCCAUUGAAGGCCAUAAUUCUUAUAAAGAGCUUACUAUUGACAUUUUGGAUGAUCUUGAGCAACACACAAGCGUUCGUGAAGGAAAUACAACAAGUCAUUCCUCACCCAAAAUCACCCAAGUUGAAUGGGAAUUCUGCUUACCAGAUACUAAAGCAUCCAAAAUUGGCGUUUUGAUUGAAACUUACGCAAUGUUGUUGGUAUACGAUAUCCGUGAGCAAUCACCGCCUCUAAUCAUUCGCCAAACUCGCGUAGAUGGCUUGUGCAAAUUCCAGUGGAUUCCUCCUAUAAUAGAUGAAGCGCCAGAAGGUGCCUAUAUCAAUUGCAAGCAAUUGUUGUUGUUUACUGAUAACUACCUACAUGCAAAGUUAUAUUCUUUGGACUGUACCACCAUCCUGUGGACAAUUGAAACCCCAGUACCAAACUCGGGCAUCAUUGUAAAGCCUUGUCUGAAAAACAGAAUAUGGACAUUAGUUGGCGAGCAGAUACUGACAACUUCACAUCCUCCAGUGGUUUACUUGUUCUUCAAUUUUGGUUCCGAAAGCAGUUUGUUCCAUACUUUUGAAUUGACUGACGAAGAAUCGACUACUCGUCUUUGUGCGCCAGAGCUAAGUUGGUCUCAAUCUGGUAAUUGGCUCCUUGACUUUUCCACAAAUGAAUGUCUUUUUGGAUUUUGCAUGGAUUUAUACAAUUCUCUUGGUCUUGGUACAACGUCACAAAGUAUUGGUUCAGGGUUGGAAAUCCGCAAAGGUACUCCAGUAGCCACUUUAAAUUGGCUUACUGACGGUAUUCAUCAAGGUUCUGCAGGUGCUACCAAAAGUUUGGUGACUUAUGGAGCUUUAAACUAUUUAUCACUGUGGGUACAACUUGCAAAUUCUGAAGUGGUAGUGAUCGCCAGUUUGUUGGAUGGACAAGUAGAGCUACUUUGCUACUCAGUCUUGAAACUUCGGCUAACAAAAGUUGCAUUCCUGAACGCUAAUAUUCGUUACGUUUGGCAACAGCAUGGUUCCACGGUGCGCAAAGUUAUCACCAAGGGCGUUCAACUAGAAGAUUUGAAUGCCAUUAACUCGCUGAAUCAUUGUUUGUCGAUAACUUGCCAUGAUACUAUUCUCGUAUACGUUUUGAGUGAAACGGAAACAGUACAAUUCGAUCACAAGAGCACUUUGAAAUUUACAGAGCCAAUUGAUGCCGUGAUCCAUUUAAAAGAUUCUGCGCAGAAUGCUAUGAUAGUUGUUGCUGGUCAAUACAUCAUAGCGUACCUGGUCGAGAGAGAUAGUGUACAAGUUUUGUUCGAAAGCUCAAUUAUUCACGAUACACUUGUGUAUGAGCAAGACAACAAGUGCACCAUUUUGAUAAAAGUUGCUAACGAGGGUCUCAAGAGCGAUUGGUAUUCGAUGAAUGUUGCUUAUGAGGAGCUUCUACGUGACGAGCCAACCAUUACAAGUGUCAAGCACCGUCCACCAACCCAAGAUUCGAGAAGUCGCUGGCAGCGAUUACACUUGCCUAGUAUAACGAACGACGAUAUCACCGACACAUUUGGAUUAAAGAGUCGCUCCUAG